UGAAUGUUUGACACUAAACGAAUUCGCAGUAACAACAUGUCAUUAUUCAUCGGUCUGCGGCCGCUAAAGCCGGUAUGCGACCCAGGUCAUCUCUCUAAUUCACAUACAAAAGUUCAGUGAUCUCAGAAGGCUUAUUUUCCUGCGCCAUACUGUGCGCCUGCGCGGAAUCAUGCGCUGCCGAUAUGGCCGCGGCUGCGUCACGGGGCGUCACCUCAAGCUGCAUGGUCCCUUAUUCUGUGUAACCUGUGGUCGUUUCCGGUUUCCUUGUGGGCCGCUCUUUCUCUGCUUCGGUGCGGUGUGCGUUUCACUGCUCUACAAGAACUGCAAUGGACACUGUUUCUAUGCGCAUGAAAUACGAGGCUUAUAUCCUAGCUGAUGGCCCGUCGUUGAUUUGCGGGAAAAGCUUAGGUACUCUGAAGUUUUAUUGGUGAAAUGGCGUUGAUUGUGUUAGUAGGGUUAGCGUUGUCAUGAGCUGUCUACUAACGAGCAUGAACUCGACGCCACUGGGUCAGCGGUAAGAAAGUGACAAGCUGUUGUUCUGUUGUGCUCUAUAGUAAAAUGGCGCAAUCCACUCUUGGAAUCUGCCAUGAAUCGGGUGGUGGAAAAUACUGUUAUAGUUUUUUUAGGAAAAUAAGGUGAAAUGAAAUUAGUAUCGUGUGAAUGUGUAUUAAAGUGUGCUGUGACAUGUAUGAAGGCUCAAAUAACAAAAUAUUGCAGUGAAAAUUAUGUGAGCAUCAGAAGUAUCAAGAUCACUUUUAGCGCGCAAUCCUUUUUGUCUCGCGCGGAAAGUUGCAGAGGGCCUCGCAAACGUUCCUGUGGCUGUAACCCAGUACGGUAGCCCCAAAAGAAAGAAUUGCCGGAAGAGUGGAAUUCGCCGAGCGCGUGAUUUCGACUGGAGACUUUUUCGUCGUCGCCGGCGGGCCGCCAGGGAACAAGUGUUCAGCCGCGGCCCGCCCGCGCCAUGCUGUCGCUGCGACUCUCGAUCCUCCUGCCGCUGUUGGUGGCUCCGUCGGCCGGCGCCCGCUGGGGGCCCGGGGCGGAGCUUUCGCAAUACGUUCAGAACAUGUCGUGGCAGCACGACUCGCGCCUCUCAGAGGAGCUGCGCAGGUCGGUGCUGGGCAUCCUCGAGCGACAGCCAUCACCGGGCCUGCUGCACCGGCGUCGAGUGCCGUUUAUCGGAGGUCUGCAGGCAUUCGGCAGCGGGGCCGCGAAGGAGUCCCGGCAGCCGAGGAUCCGACCCGAGCACCGCUCGGGAUCGCCCGUCGGUGGUUCCAUUCUCACUGCCAAGAACGGCCUGCCAAACAUGAAAUUCGAGAAAGGCAAGCCGCACAUUUACGACGUACACCUCGGCAAGGGCUUACAGCUGUACUGUAGCGUCGCGUAUCAGUCCCAAGUGUCCAUAUUCUGGACACUAAAUGGCAAACCGCUGGAAGACUACGACUCGCUAUCUGAGGAGACGGUGCCAGAGGGGCGCGUUUCCAGCGUUCUCAUCAAGAGCUUGACGCGGUUGCCAACCGUGACUGGGGUGUACACGUUCAACUGCACCACUCUCACUGACUACGACCUAGCCACGGUGCACGUGGACGUGACUGUGCCGCUGAGCGACGCGUGCCAGGAACCCGGCACGGAGUGCGCCGAACGGAUGGGCGUCUGCAGGGACGCGUUGUGUGUCUGCGAGGGCUACUACAAGGUGCGACUCCUGUCGAAGCAUGUGACCUGCCGCAGCGAAGCCUACCUGGAGACGCCCUGCAUGUAUGACGAGCAGUGCUUAAACACCACGGAGCACAGCGAGUGCACCAGCCGAGGCUGGUGUGCCUGCCUCAAGGGCUACGGUCGCACUGAGGACCACAAGUGUGUGCCAAAAGUCGGCGCGCGUUCGCGUUGCAACUCGGAAGAGGAGUGUGCCGAUUACGAUGCCACGUGCAUCCUAAACCACUGCACCUGCUUUAGCCACAAGAAGGAGCUUAACGAUCGCUGCGUGAACUUGGCCGAACACUUGGAAGGAAAGAAACUGCCGUACGGCAGAGGAGUGCGCCACUCCCCGGCGGCGGUGGUCGUGGUUCUAGCCGCGCUACUAAGGUUAGCGUAGCGCCGCUGCGAUGUGCGCUGUACAUAGGCUCGGCAGUGGCCGGCCGGUGGGUCACAGCGUCGCUGGAAGGAACUGCGGCGAGUGGGGCCCCCGUGGCUGGACCUCGGUUCGUCGAGGUGAUGCAGCAGUUUCUAGAAACGCAGACGGCGCUGGACGUAGGGCAGGGCUGUUGUCUGUAGGAAUGUAUAAACCUGUGUGGAACACAUAUCCAAAGGUCCGUUUUGUAACUUAGUUGCAGCGAAGUCAUGUUGACGUGUCUGUUCUAAGAAAGCGCAUUAUUUUGUUGGUGUUGAACAAAGAGGAAUCUAUGCUACGAAAUUUUGUUGUGCAUUAGAUCAAAUCUAAAGGCCCCGCGCUCUAUGGCAGUCGACAUACCAUCACUUGAAAGGGCGCCUCACACGGAUCUGAG